AUGGCAACUGGGCCAAGAAUGUGUCUUGCUGAACCGGUUCGCGAAGCAAAAUCUACCAUGACAGCUUUACCAGGACAAAUCCCAUACUGGGCUGGAGGUGCUGCAAUUGGUUCAUCGCUCGGAAACAGAUUACUUGGAACUGAUCAACAGCUAAGUAACUUCGGACUUCUUAGUUCAGGUGGUCUUAGUGGUUUUGGUUUGGAGAGUUUAGGUCUCGGUGGUUUACAGAAUCUUGGUAGCUUUCAAAGUCUCGCUAGUUUGCAAGGUCUCGGUGGCUUACAAGGCUUACAAGUAAUUCAAAUACCACUUGACAAUACUGUCAACAACAAUAUGUCGCCCUGUACAGCGUGCAUAAUUUGUUCACCGCAAAGUGCGUCAACAAAUUGUAUACCCGUACCGAAACUAGCACCAAUCAGUGGCCAGUUUUGCUGCUGCUGCAUAUCAGUAACUGGAUCGGCAAUUGGGACCUUUAAUAGAAAGAAGUAA